UUGCCUCGCGAUAUCGCCUCUGUCUCUUCCUCCUUCGGGCUGUCCUUCCUUGGGUGCCGCUUCUGGAAUGCCCACACCGGUUCUGGAGUAACUGGUGCGGGUUCUCUCCCUUUCUCUCCCACACUCCCGGCACCCCCAGACUCCAUUUACAGGCCGGUGGCUUGUGGUGGUACUCCCCGCCCCCAGCCCACCCACCCCCGUCACGGAGAGCGCGCGCCCCGCUGCGCCCCAGGAACCAAUCAGCAGCCGCCUUAGGUAACCAUGUCUGAGUCUGGGCACAGUCAGCCUGGGCUCUACGGGAUAGAGAGGCGACGACGGUGGAAGGAGCCAGGCCCUGGUGGCCCCCAGAAUCUCUCUGGGCCUGGCGGUCGGGAGAGGGACUAUGUUGCACCCUGGGAAAGAGAGAGACGGGAUGGCAGCGAAGAGGCAAGCGCGUCGGUCAUGCAGAAAACCCCCAUAAUCCUCUCCAAACCUCCAGCAGAGCGGUCAAAACAGCCACCGCCUCCAGCAGCCCCUGCUGCCCCGCCUGCUCCGACCCCUCUUGAGAAACCCAUCGUCCUCAUGAAACCACGGGAGGAGGGGAAAGGGCCUGUGGCCUCAACAAGUGCCUCAACCCCCGAGGGCACCGCGCCCCCACCCCCUGCGGCCCCUGCGCCACCCAAGGGGGAGAAGGAAGGGCAGAGGCCCACGCAGCCUGUGUACCAGAUUCAGAACCGGGGCAUGGGCACUGCUGCACCAGCAGCCAUGGACCCUGUUGUGGGCCAGGCCAAACUCCUGCCCCCUGAGCGCAUGAAACACAGCAUCAAGUUGGUGGAUGACCAGAUGAACUGGUGCGACAGUGCCAUCGAGUACCUGUUGGAUCAGACUGAUGUCUUGGUGGUUGGUGUCCUGGGCCUCCAGGGGACAGGCAAGUCCAUGGUCAUGUCGUUGUUGUCAGCCAACACUCCUGAGGAGGACCAGAGGGCGUAUGUUUUCCGGGCCCAGAGCGCAGAAAUGAAGGAGCGAGGGGGCAACCAGACCAGUGGCAUCGACUUCUUUAUUACCCAGGAGCGGAUUGUUUUUCUGGACACACAGCCCAUCCUGAGCCCGUCCAUCCUGGACCACCUCAUCAACAACGACCGCAAGCUGCCUCCGGAGUACAGCCUGCCCCACACCUACGUGGAGAUGCAGUCACUCCAGAUUGCUGCCUUCCUCUUCACGGUGUGCCACGUGGUGAUUGUCGUCCAGGACUGGUUCACGGACCUCAGCCUGUACAGGUUCCUCCAGACAGCAGAGAUGGUGAAGCCCUCCACCCCAUCCCCCAGCCACGAGUCCAGCAGCUCCUCAGGCUCCGAUGAAGGCACUGAGUACUACCCCCACCUGGUCUUCCUGCAGAACAAAGCCCGCCGAGAGGACUUCUGUCCCCGGAAGCUGCGGCAGAUGCACCUGAUGAUUGACCAGCUGAUGGCCCACUCCCACUUGCGUUACAAGGGUACUCUGUCCAUGUUACAGUGCAACGUCUUCCCGGGGCUCCCGCCUGACUUCCUGGACUCCGAGGUCAACCUGUUCCUGGUCCCCUUCAUGGACAGUGAAGCAGAGAGUGAAAACCCACCAAGAGCAGGACCCGGUUCCAGCCCACUCUUCUCCCUGCUCCCUGGGUACCGUGGCCACCCCAGUUUCCAGUCCUUAGUGAGCAAGCUCCGGAGCCAGGUGAUGUCCAUGGCCCGGCCGCAGCUGUCACACACGAUCCUCACUGAGAAGAACUGGUUCCACUACGCCGCCCGGAUCUGGGACGGGGUGAAAAAGUCCUCUGCCCUGGCAGAGUACAGCCGCCUGCUGGCUUAAAGCCAAGGGGAAGAAUGUAAGGCAGCGAACUCCCCCUCCGGGCCCCAGGGGUUGGCGAGGGGCACGCACGUCCUCCCCUCACGGAGUAGAGUGGCAGCAGACCUCCCGGGCGUGGGAUCACAACUUCCUCGCCCAGAGACACGAGGUGUCCAGGGCCAGGCCCCCCACCCUCAAUGGAGCGCUGUUUAGGGGGAUGACCUUGAGAUCCUGCCCUCAAGGUGGGCAGGGCAGCCCAUCCUCAGUCCCCUACAGGGACAGGCGGUGGGAGGAGCCUGGAUGGUCACCAGGAAGCCCAGUCUCCAUCUUGGCCUCCCUCUGCAGGGGCAGGAGCAGCAGGUCCCUCUCCCCUGACGGCAGGCCCUUUCCUGUUAGGUGAGGCAGGAUCUAGGGGCUCUUCACUGGAGCAGAUCUGAUGGUUGGAAUAAAAACUGUCAAGCAA